AUGGAUGUGAGCUCUUCUUCGUCUAAUGAUUUAUCUUUUAUUCCUCAAGUAAGGGCCAAAAAAGUCCCCAAAAUUGGGCAAGAAUUUGAAUCAUUGGAAGAAGCCCAAAAGUUUUACAACGUAUAUGCAAGGGAGGCUGAAUUUAGGAUUCGAAUGUCGACUACUAAUAGAAACAAAAGCAAUGAAAUCAUCAGGAAGGAAUUCGUUUGUUAUAAAGAGUGGACUAGAGAAAAAGGGGAAUUAAAAUCCGAUGGUAGUAGAAGACGUGGGACAACUACAGAAGGAUGCAAGGGUAAGAUGGUUGUUGUAAGGUCAACUUCUAAACUGAGUUUCAUUGUAUCAAUGUUUUGUGAGGCCCAUAAUCAUGUCCUUACAACACCUAGAAAGGUGCAUUUGCUUAGGUCUCACCGUACUAUGUCAACUGCUAAGAAGGCUUUGACUCAACAACUUUCUGUCGCGAAUGUGCCAAUUCAACAACAAAUUAGUAUUUUGGAGUUAGAAGCAGGAAGUCUAGAAAAUAUUGGGUGUACCGAGAAGGAUUUUUACAAUGCUCGAAGGGAUGAGGUGAAACUGUUUGCUGGACAUGAUGCUCAAAUGCUAUAUGAGUAUUUUGAAGCAGAAGAGGAAAAAAAAUACAGAAUUCUAUUUUUCACAUGUAGAAAGGCAUACCAAACUUUUGGGGAUGUAGUAGUCUUUGAUACUACUUAUAAUACAAAUCGUUAUGGUAUGAUUUUUGCACCCGUUGUUGGUGUUAAUCAUCAUGGCCAAACUACUCUAUUUGCAUGUGCAUUCUUAAGUGAUGAAACAUCAGAGUCAUUUCGAUGGCUUUUGUAG